GCGCUUUGGCUCCAAUAAAGAGGUCCUGGGAGCACUUGGUUGCUAGCAGCCGCCUUCAAAAUGUCGGGAGAGGUUUAUCUCCUGUGGCUCCUGUCCCUUUUACAAACGCUGUCAGCGUAUGGGGCCGAGCUGUCCUCUGAAGCCUGCCGAGAGAUGGGCUUCUCCAGUAACCUGCUGUGUAGUGGCUGUGAUCUGCUGGGAGAGUUCAGCCUCAACGCUCUGCAGCCUGACUGUCGGAGGUGCUGCCAGCAGGAGGCGCAACUGGAGGGGCGCAAGCUCUAUCCAGGAGCCAUCCUCGAGGUCUGUGGAUGAAAAUUGGGCAGGUUCCCACAAGUCCAAGCAUUUGUGAGGAGCGACAAGCCCAAGAUGUUCAAAGGUCUUCAGAUCAAGUACGUCCGUGGCUCUGACCCGGUCCUCAAACUCCUGGACGACUCUGGGAACAUCGCCGAGGAGCUCAGUAUCCUCAAGUGGAACACGGACAGCGUGGAGGAGUUUCUUAGUGAAAAACUGGACCGAAUAUAGACCCCGCCAUCUUAACCCAUGGACUUAAACUUCAGACAUAAUCACGAUAUCAAAAACAAAUACAAAGACUCUUCGACUUUGACUCCGUACCAAUUGAAUUUUUAGCCUGAAAUUUUGAUAAUUCUUCACGACUGUUUAGGAUUUAAAGAAUUCUACUAAGCCUUGUAAGAUUCAGACUGUUUUUGUAUGGUUAAUGCUGGAAUGUGUGGUUUGGAGGGACACUCUGCUGCGAUUGGCCAUUCAAAGUGCUGAAGUUUAGGAGCAAAGUCAUUUUUUUUAAAGAAAGGUGCAUUAUGUAACGUUUUGGUUUGGAGUCCAUCGCCCGCUUGUUUCUAUAAAUAUGUUAUUGCUCUGCCCGGAGUGUUCCACAGUGUGACAUUAAACAGCUCACUCUUACAUUUAGUAAAGUACAGAUGAUUUUAUAGCACAAAUACAUAGGAAAACAGGCAUGACUGUGAGCGGGGUCGCCUCUCCGCAGAUCUGACCUGUAACUUGCUCUGGUUUGGUUUCCAUGAAGAUAGAAAGGUUUGAAUGUCAUGAAGAAAAGCAUUUGACAGACUCUCCACCAGAAAAGUUACACAGUACACUUUAAAUUAUGAAACAGAUCAUGUUACUGUAAUGUUUUGGGUUAUUUGAUACAUAAACAGAAGUCACUUUAAAAUACUAAAUUGUCACCACCUUAACUUACACCAGUGACAAUUCUAAUGCUUAACUUCAUGAUUUUUUUAUUGCACAGCUAGUUCUGGCAAUGUUUAAUCACUGUUUUAUAUCACUACGCUGUGAGCAUCACCAUAGCAACGUGUAAACAAAUGAAUUACUAUAAGGAGGGACCAUCUUCGUCUAAAACAGAAAUAACUAAUAAUGCCUUUAACAUCCACAAACUGCUAAAAGUUUGCCAGAUUUAAAACUAUUUUCACAUCAUAAAAUAAAUAUAUAUAACAUUUUAGACCUGUUUUAACACUUUACCAUGGCAACCAGAGCUACUGAUCAUGUCCGUCCCUCCAGACCUGACUAUCAAGCACUAACUGUUUUGUAAGCAUUGAUUUUGAGAUUAUUUUUUUCUCUCUUGUCUUUUUGGAUCUUUCCCCUGUCCUGUACGUCUGAUAUUCUUGUAUAAUUAUUUUUUAUAUGGCUCGGCAUUGUGGGAUUUGUAGUCAGACUGGAGAGGCGGCGUUCCUCUGUAGGAGCAGUCCUGUGGGGGCCUGCCGUAGUGAAGAGGUCGCAGUAAACCAGGGCGCUGGCAUGUGACGUCUGAUGUUGGAGGCCCCGCGCAGAGACUGUGAUCUGUAAAGGAACGCUGUCUGUUUGGUUUGUAAAGGGAUGAAAUAUGCAACAAUAAAAACCAACAAAUGUAA